UCAUGCUUACACAGAUUACACUUAUUUCCGCAACUGACAAGUGAAUAGAUUGAACAAAUAUGAACUUUAUUAGCUUGGGAUAAAGUUGAUUCAAUAACCAACACAUCGUCCGUCAUAUUUCGUACAUCUAAAGUUUCAACAUUUUCAACCAAAACAAAUGAGUAACGGAUAAUUUCAAUUUUAAAGAUAGAAAACAAGACGUAAUAUAAGAAAAUAAUCAUUUUCCCUUGAUCUAAAAUGGAUUCUGCACGUUUGCUAAACUUUAGCAGAUCUCCAGAUUCAUCAAAUGUGACUCCUACAAAACCGAGACUAGGAAAAUUCUUAGAUGUCUACUCUCCUCAACAUCUUAACUUGACGCCAAAACCUGGGGGAAGAAACUUGGGCUUCAAAGGAACUAGUGAUUGUAAACAAAGUCUGUUUACACCUGAUAAAGUAGCACAAGUGGACUACAGGUGCAGAACUGUAAAAGCACAGCCUCUGCGCCAUGUAUCAUCCAAUCAUUCUUUUGAGGGUAACCAAAGCUUUCCACGUCUGAACCGAAGAGUGCGUCCCAUCAUGAUGGAACUAGAGACUCCAAGCAAGGUGAAGCCUGCCAGUGAUCUAGUGCGAGUGGAUGGCCCUAAUGGUCUCCGCUUCAACACUUCCUUGGCUGGGGGAGAUGCAACCAGCUCCCCAGCCUCGUCCGUGGCCGGAUGGCAGCAGUCCAUCAACACCAGCAAGGCAGUGUUCACCAUUGAGCCUAAUACUUCUAAAAUCCUCAUAGUAAACAAUAAAGCGUGCUCCCUGCUUGGCUAUUCAUCUGGAGAGCUCUGUGGCCUACAGUUCUCUGAUCUGAUCCGCAAUAGAAGCACCAAGACAUUCAGCCUGCACGACACUGACAGCUGCGAUGUAUCUGACGACGGCACUCUUGUGUUACUCAGUGGCAAGGUUGUGGAGCUGAUUUGCAAAGAUGGACGGGCGUCGCAAGUAUCACUUUGGAUAAGACAGUUGGACAAUGAUGGACCAUGUUUAGUUGUUGCUGAGCCAGUUAACUGUAAGAAUAUAGUUUUAACAGUAGACGCCGAGUCCGGCUGCGUGGUCUCCGUGGACAGUGGCGACGCGGCGCUAGUCUUCGCGGCGGAGAGCUCGGAGCAGCUGGUGGGGCUGCCGCUGGCGACGCUGGUGCCCGCCGUGCGGCUGCCGCGCGCCGCCCGCGCCGUGCCGCCCGACCAGGCCAAGCAGACGCUCACUGGUCGAACGUUAGAAGGCGGCGCGUUUCCUCUGUGCCUGUGGAUAUCCAAACCAGAGAAUAACGAGUCUUGGUCUAUGAAGACGCACAAAGACAAACCUCUCUUAGAAAUUAAUAUUAGGGUAACACUAAACGUAAGCGGUUUGCUAGUAGUGGACGAAGCAGGCCUCAUCACGGCUUGCAACCACCACUUCGCCAUGUUGACCUUCGGCAAACCCCACUCGGAGGUCAUCGGCCACCACAUUGAGGAGGUCAUACAGAACUUCUGCCGGGAAUCUGACAGGAUCAAGAUACCGGAGCGCGGCCGGAAUAUGACCCUGUCACCUGUGAAUAAUGAUGUUAAUGGAUCCGUGUCUGAUACUGACGAAGAUUCCUGCGGAGAUUUUAACGGCAGCCAGAAAAGUGCCUGCAUGUCCCUCAACGUGCACCAAUCACAGAUAUCCCAAGCGACCAGAGAGAAGUCCUCCAGUGCCUUAUGUCUAGACAAGUCUUGUAGCCUGGUCACCCACACACCGACACCCACUCAAGACAUGGUGUCCAGUAUAAGCACUACGGAACAAAGAAAUGACACAUCGGCUCUACCUGAUGUGACGUCAGGCAUGUCCGGAAUAUCUAUUGACGAAGAAGCGUAUUGCCAAAGUUCCAUAUCGAAGUCGCGAUCGGAAAAUAUACUUAGAUCAGAACAAUCCAACUUGAAAAGCAAUCAAGCCAAAAACGCCGAAAAGUCAGACUCUAUUUACUACACCUCACAGCACUCACAAGAGCUCACGCCAACGGGAAAUGCUCCUAGAGUGAGGCUAAACGACCCGUCUUUACGCUUGUCUUUUGAUAGCAGUAAAUACAAAUCGUUGAAGGUGAAUUUGCCAAAUCAAGGGAAGGACGACAAGAGUAGCCUUUCGCUAGACUUCUGCGACUCAAAUGAGACAAGUGCAGAUUUCUUGACUCCAAUAAAUGAGAUGCCUCCACCUGGCUGUGAGAUUGAGGAACUACCGAAACACAAUGGCAAUGAGAGCAUUGAGAGUUUGAGCAAUGAUAUCGAUUUGGAGACACAGACUGAAUCCGCCCCUAGAAGACGGUAUGAAGACGAGCCCCCAGACACGCCGUGUGUGGCGAAGCGGUUGCUUCGAGCCGUCACCUCCACGCCGCAGUCUCGCGACAGAAACUCCAUCGCCGUACAAGACGGCACCUAUCGCUCUGUUGUCAAACAUAACGAUGGGCAUUAUAUGCACGUGGUGUACACGGUGUCGUCGAUGCAGGUGUCUGCGGCGCGGCGCGUGCGCUGCGUGUGGCUUGGAGUGGAGCUGGAGCACGGGCUGGCCUGCAGCCUCACGUCCACCGGAGACAACUCGGCUGCCAACAAGACGACCAGCAGCCGCCCGCAGUCGAUGUCGCUGAUGAGCCAGUGCGGCGAGGAGCAGGUCGCCGGCGACUACAACAAACAUUACGUCACGCUGAAGCAAAUCGGUAAAGGCGCAUACGGCUGCGUCAAAAUGGCGUAUCGGCGCUCGGACCGGCUACUCUGUGUGGCCAAGUUUAUCCUGAAGGAGAAAGUCGGCGCUCAGUUCUGGGUCGACAACCCUGACGGCAAGCGGGUGCCGCUGGAACUCAGUUUACUGCUGACGUUGAAGCAUCCUAAUAUUGUGACAGUAAUAGACGCGUUCGAGAACGACAAGUACUUCCAGAUGGUGAUGGAGAAGCACGGCGCCGGCAUGGACCUGUUCGAGUUCAUCGAGCGAAGGCCUAGACUGGACGAGCCUCUAGUCAGCUACAUAUUCAGACAGGUCGCCCAAGCAGUAGAAUACCUCCACUCGCUGAACAUCCUCCACCGAGACAUAAAGGACGAGAACAUAAUCAUAGACAACAAGUUCCACAUCAAACUGAUCGACUUCGGCUCGGCCACGUUCAUGAAUAAGGACACCCUGUUCUCUACCUUCUAUGGCACCACGGAGUAUUGCAGUCCGGAAGUACUGGCUGGGAAUAAAUACGCGGGCCCAGAGCUGGAGAUGUGGUCGAUGGGGAUAACCCUGUACGUGCUCACGUUCUUCGUUAACCCGUUCACCGACAUCGAGGACACCAUCCAGGGGCCGCUCGUCAUGCCGCACCCUGUGUCUGAAGACCUAGAGCACCUGCUGCGCUGGAUGCUGCACAAGGACCCCGCCGCGCGCUGCACCGUGCCGCAGCUGACGUCACACGCCUGGCUGACGCAGCCCGCGCCGCCCGGCAAGCACCAGUUCCACGAGCUGCUCGUGUGUGAUCGACACGAAGCAAACCCAGAAAUGUACUACAGCGGCAGUCUGAGCUCUCCCAGGAGUGGCUCGCUCAUAUCCCUGGCUGAACAUUUAGCUAAAGAACGUUCGAACCCUUCAGAAGUGGCGAUCCGUUCCGACGGCAAGCCUUCCCGAGACGAGCCGAAGCGCAACUCGAUGGCUCUGCACGCGCUCUCCACGGCCGAUAAAGACGCGCAGUCUGACAACUAUAGUCUACGGUCCUCGGCUGAUAUCCUAGAUAUAUCCUCUAAGCCGGUAUCAGAGGCGGCGCUCACAGACAUAAGCUCGGACGCGACGGGCCACGCCGCCUGCGACAUCGACUACGACUGCGACCAGUACGAGUGCGACAGCUGGGACGAGUGCGAGCAGGACAGCUUCUCGUAGAGCGAGCGAGACGGCUAUAUGUCGCACAACUCUUCAACUUGUCGGAUUGGUCAUAAAACUUAUCCGCGUAGCUGAGUUGAGCUACGCUAACUGAUUGUGUUUGUCAACUGAACUGAUCAUGAUGGCUUUAGACGGAAAAACAGUAUUAACACGUCACCCAAUGUAAUCCGACUCUUGUUGAAUUGAA